AUGGGUUAUGGGGAUGGAGAAGAGUUGAUGGUGAUAGGAGCCAUGGGUUAUGGAGAUGGAGAAGUGUUGACGGUGAUAGGAGCCAUGGGUUAUGGGGAUGGAGAAGAGUUGAUGGUGAUAGGAGCCAUGGGUUUUGGGGAUGGAGAAGAGUUGAUGGUAAUAGGAGCCAUGGGUUAUGGAGAUCGAGAAGAGUUGAUGGUGAUAGGAGCCAUUGGUUAUGGGGAUGGAGAAGAGUUGAUGGCGAUGGGAGCCAUGGGUUAUGGGGAUGGAGAAGGGAUGAUGGUGAUAGGAGCCAUGGGUUAUGGGGAUGGAGAAGAGUUGAUGGUGAUAGGAGCCAUGGGUUAUGGGGAUGGAGAAGGGAUGAUGGUUGUAGGAACCAUGGUUUACGGUGGUGGAGAAGAGUUGAUGGUGAUAGGAGCCAUGGGUUAUGGGGAUGGAGAAGAGUUGAUCGUGAUAGGAGCCAUGGGUUAUGGGGAUGGAGAAGUGUUGACGGUGAUAGGAGCCAUGGGUUAUGGGGAUGGAGAAGAGUUGACGGUGAUAGGAGCCAUGGGUUAUGGGGAUGGAGAAGAGUUGAUGGUGAUAGGAGCCAUGGGUUAUGGGGAUGGAGAAGAGUUGAUCGUGAUAGGAGCCAUGGGUUAUGGGGAUGGAGAAGAGUUGACGGUGAUAGGAGCCAUGGGUUAUGGGGAUGGAGAAGAGUCGAUGGUGAUAGGAGCCAUGGGUUUGGGGGAUGGAGAAGUGUUGACGGUGAUAGGAGCCAUGGGUUAUGGAGAUGGAGAAGAGUUGAUGGUGAUAGGAGCCAUAGGCUAUGGAGAUGGAGAAGUGUUGACGGUGAUAGGAGCCAUGGGUUAUGGGGAUGGAGAAGAGUUGAUUGUGAUAGGAGCCAUGGGUUAUGGGGAUGGAGAAGAGUUGAUGGUGAUAGGAGCCAUGGGUUAUGGAGAUGGAGAAGUGUUGACGGUGAUAGGAGCCAUGGGUUAUGGGGAUGGAGAAGAGUUGAUGGUGAUAGGAGCAAUGGGUUAUGGGGAUGGAGAAGUGUUGACGGUGAUAGGAGGCAUGGGUUAUGGGGAUGGGGAAGGGAUGAUGGUGAUAGCAGCCAUGGGUUAUGGGGAUGGAGAAGAGUUGAUGGUGAUAGGAGCCAUGGGUUAUGGGGAUGGAGAAGGGAUGAUGGUGAUAGGAGCCAUGGGGAUGGAGAAGAGUUGA